AUGAAAGUUCUGAUUGUCCUGGUCCUGCUGGGCCUGUGCUGCUGGCCUGUGAGUGCCUCAGUGCAAAGCUGUGGGAGAAGCUGCGGGACCCGGCCCUUGGCUGAGCACCACGGGGUGUUGCGCGUCGUGGGCGGCAGCGAUGCCUCCCCGGGAGCCUGGCCCUGGAUCGUCAGCAUCCAGCUUCCCGGGGCAGCGGGCAGCGGGCACAUCUGCGGAGGCUCCCUCAUCCAUCCCCGGUGGGUCCUGACCGCAGGACACUGCUUUGACAAGUACAGGAACGUCCCGACGUGGCGCAUGGUGUUCGGGGCCACCCGGCUGUCUGAGCUGGGCCCCGAGGCCCAAGUGCGCAAGAGCAAGCGGCUGCUGAUCCACGAGAGCUACCGCAGCGGCGCCUUCGAGAACGACAUCGCCCUGCUGGAGCUGGACGAGCCCGUGCAGUGCAGCGACUACGUGCAGCUGGCCUGUGUGACUCACUUCUCCGACGUGGUGGUGUCGCAGCUCACAGACUGCCGCGUCGCUGGCUGGGGCUACACCGCGGAAGGCUCUGCAGAAACAUCCGACGUGCUGCAGGAGGCCAAGGUCCGCCUCAUCAAUGUCAAGCUCUGCAACAGCAGCGAGUGGUACGGAGGGGCCGUGCGCAGCUACAACCUGUGUGCUGGCUACCCGCGGGGCGGCAUCGACACCUGCCAGGGUGACAGCGGGGGCCCGCUCGUCUGCAGAGCUCCACACGCCAACUUCUUCUGGCUCGUGGGCCUGACCAGCUGGGGGAAAGGCUGUGCCAGAGCAAAGCAGCCUGGGGUCUACACCUCCACCCAGCACUUCUUCAACUGGUUCCUUGGCCUCUGCACCGGUGCUGCAGAAGUGCAGCAAUACCUGUGCACUGGAACCUUUGAAGUGGAGAGUUACUGA